AUGGCGGAAGGUCAGGGAGCGCCGGGGAGCCCCGCAGGCGGCAGCAACGAGAGCGGCGGCGACCAGAGUCCGCGAUCCGGCGUCCGCGAGCAAGACAGGUUACUGCCGAUCGCGAAUAUCAGCCGGAUCAUGAAGAAGGGGGUCCCGGCCAACGGGAAGAUCGCCAAGGAUGCCAAGGAGACCGUUCAGGAAUGCGUGUCGGAGUUUAUUAGCUUCAUCACUAGCGAGGCAAGUGAUAAGUGCCAGAGAGAGAAGAGAAAGACUAUCAAUGGUGAUGAUUUGCUAUGGGCAAUGGCGACACUAGGUUUUGAGGACUACAUUGAUCCGCUCAAGACGUACCUCACUAGGUACAGAGAGGGUGACACCAAGGGAUCUGCCAAGGCUGCAGAUGGAUCUUCCAGGAAGGAUUGUCCUAAUCCUAGCUCACAGCCACAAGCUCAACAUAUGAUGGUCCCGAUGCGAGGCAUGGACUAG